UCCACACCGCCUCACACCACACUGGCAUCGUUGCGCCCCAUGCCAUCCACGCGCGCCGCCCUCCGCUCCAGCUAGACCUCGCAUAGCGCGCUGCUCUGCGCCCGCCAUGGCUGCGGCUCCGCACAGCCCCUCGGGCUCCGGCGCGUCAGCCGCUGCGGCCUCGCUCGAGCGUCUCUCGCUCUCCGACGCCGAUGCCGGCCGCUCCGGCACUUCAGCAGUGCCUCAGGACAGCCCAGCCGGAGCGCAGUCCGCGUCGCCAUUCAUGGAUCCCGACGACGUCUCUCUGCCGCCAUCGCCGCAUCUCGAGCCUACAUCGCCGCGCGGCAUCAGCGUCAUCUCCUCGCUCGCCGCCUCGCCCUGCCUCGGCUUUGGACGCGGCAGCAUUAGCGGCCCCAGCGGCGCAACGCAGCAAGCGGCGGUGCUGCACUCUGUGCCUUCCAUGCUCUCCCUUGAGCGCGAGGCGCACGAGAUCUUGGCGGCGCGUGGAGGGAGUAGUAGGAGCAGCGUGAGCUCUCUGGUCGGGCAGUCCGACGCACAGCCAGUGCCGACGCGCAGCGCAAGGAGCAGCGUGCACUCGCUCGUCGAGCAGCCUGAGGCACAAGCCGCGUCACCAACGCACGAGGUGGGACACGUGAUCAACCCCUCGCUCGUGCAGAUGCUCAGCAUGGUCGGCUCGCGCUUCGUCGAGGCGGAGUGCGGCGGGCUGCUAGAUGCGGAGGAUGGCGGUGCUACGCAGGAGGAGGGCGCGAUGCAGGGCUUGGACGCAGCUGCAGUGCGAGAGCAGACGCGCCUAUACGCUGGCCUCGACUCGGACGCGGAGGAGGAUAGCGCUGCGCUGCGAGAGCCUACUGCCGCUCCUCGCUUCGCCGGCUUUGCGCGCAGCGCGCGGCGGCAUGGCGUGCUCUCUGAGCUGAUCGACGAUUCUGCGACACCGAAGGGCGGCCACACACCGCUGGGCGCCUCUCUGGCCGGCAUAGGCGGCGGCACGAUUCGCAGCGGCAAGCCUGGCGUUCGUCGCGCGUCGGCCCUGGGCGGCGCAGACGCUACCGCUUCUGGCUCCUCGGGCACGCUGGCACGCAGCAGUGCGCCGCUCUCAGACCACGAGGGCGAGGGUGAUGGCGAGGAGAGCGCCAGCGAUAUGGCUGCGUCUGCCGAAUCUCUGUCGGCCCUGCAGGGCGGCGGGAGCGCAGCUUCCUCCACCUCGCUGCCGGCCUCGCAGCAUGGCCGCACAACGGAUCUCGGAGCUUCGAUGCACAUGCUCUCUUCUGCCGUGCUCGAUCCGCCCAGCGGCCGGCGCUCUGGCUCUGCGUCGCCCGAGACUAUCGCCGAUCCGCAGGCCGACGUUCUGACGGCACAGACGUCGCACGAGGCGCUCGAGGCCAAGCUGCGCAGUCUCUACUCGCUCGACGCCAACGAGACCCUGCUUGCGGUCCACCCUGCAUGGCUCAUGCGCUCCGUGCUGCUGCAAGGGCAUCUCUAUCUGACGAGCGGCCAUCUGCUCUUCUACGCAUACCUCCCCUCGCGCGGCGAAGGCGUGCUCAAGACUGGCCCGCUGCGCAAGCGCACCAAGCGCACGUUGCGCUUCAGUCGACACUGGGCCGUGCUGCGAGGGCGCGCACUCAGCUGGUACGACUCUGAGCGCGACCCGUACUUCCCACAGGACCACAUCGAUCUGCGGUCCGUCCUGUCCGUCGAGGCCACGAAUGAUGCGUCUUCAAGCUCGACGGAUGCUGAGGCCGGACACGCCGAGUUUCUCGUCCACACGCCUUAUCGCGUCUUUACGUUCAGCGCCGACUCGGCCGCAUCGCGUGACGCAUGGGUGCGCACGCUGCUCAAGGCUGUGCUGACGGCGCAGAACGAGGGCGAGAGCGUGCGCAUCUGCGUGCCGCUCGAGACGAUUGUCGAUGUGGACGCGGCAGACAACGGCACGAGCGCCUCGGCCCUCAACGCGGGCGUCAAGGCGGCGGUACCGGGCUUGGCAGAGGAGGUGCGCGAUGCCAGCGACGUCGUCUGUGUCAAGGUCGUCGAUGGCGCAGCAGAUGACUUCGCUGUCGACGAGUACUACUUCCUGCAUCUGAUAGAGCAGCAUGCCUUCCUCAAGAGCCUGCGCGAGGCUAUCGAACAGCACGUCACCAUCGAUGCGCAGCCUGCGGCGCUCGAACGACCAACGCCUAGCGUGCGCGACUCGACUUCUAGUCUGCGCACCCUGCAUGCUGCGCCUGGCAGUGCUGCACCGCACAGCACGAUGGCGAAGCCGCCAAGCCUGGAUGCGGCGCGGCACGAAGGCUCGCAGCCCUUGCCGAUUGCCGAUACGCGCAAGAGCGAGGGCCUGGCAUACACCUUGCCCUCGUCAUUCACUCCCGGCAGUGCCGAGUCGCACAAGACGAUGCUGGCCGUGACGCCCAACGAGCGAGCGACGACCCUGCCCACGGAGCCCACAUAUCCGCCAUGGUCGCCUGCGCGCUCGCGCACCGCAGCAGCAGCGCUGGAGCGCAGUGGUGCCAAUACGACGGGCGCGCCGUGGAGCGUCGCUGCGCCGCUGCCGGCGUGGGUGCGCGAGGCUGGCGGGCGGCUGCUCGCUGCAGCGCACGGCGCCGAGACCCUUGCGGCCUUAGCGCGGCGGCCACGACGCAAGGUGCGCGAGAGCUGGAGUCGGCCACCACAGCCGGGCGUGAUUGAAGGCGAGCGUCAAGUCGCGGCGGAGGCCGAGCAGCAGUGGACAAGAUCACGAGAUGGCAGCGACGGCAGCGUGCAGAGAUCGGCGUCCAGCUCUUUCGCCGUGCUUGAUGCACCAGAUGCCGAGGCGAACGACGCCGACUAUGAGGCGCAGUUCAGAGCGUCGUUCGUGCUGCCCGAGGACGAGGAGCUGCUUUGUCACAUCAGUGCGAGCCUGUACCGCGUGCUGCCUGUGACCGGCCGGCUGUUCAUCUCGACGCACUACGUCUGCUUCCGCUCCUCGCGCAUGGCCUCCAAGACGGUCGGGCGCACGCUCAUGAUCCUGCCCGUGCGCGAGCUCGUCUCGGUGGCGCGCAACAAUGCGUUCCGCUUCGGGCAACACGGGCUGGUGCUGAUGAUUCGCGGGCACGAAGAGCUCUUCCUCGAGUUCUCCUCCGCCGAGAGACGCGACUACUGUCUCUCUGUCAUCAAUGCACGCACGGAGAGCGUGCGUGCACAGGCGCCGUCGGAGGAGAACGAUGCACAGCCAAGAGUGGGGCACAGCAAGCUGGCGCAGGAGCGCGAGGAUGCGCUGCUGCUCACCGAUCUCGGGCAGCGGCUGAACUGGGCAGCGUCGCGACAGGCCAUCGCGUCGGGCGCCUCUUCCGCUGCGUCCAGUGUGUCUGAGCCCCUAGCACAGCAGCAAAUCGACGGCCUCACCUUUCAAUCGAGCGCCUCAUCGACGUUCCUCUCGCUGCGGCCGCCCUCCAAGCUGCACUUCACCUUCCUCACCAUCGGCUCGCGCGGCGACGUGCAGCCCUUUCUGGCGCUGGCGCGCGGCCUCAAGAGCGAGGGCCACGACGUGCGCAUUGCCACGCACGGCGAGUUCAAGAGCUGGAUUGAGGGCCACGGCGUCGAGUUCCGCGAGGUGGGCGGCGAUCCGGCGGAGCUGAUGCGCAUCUGCGUCGAGAAUGGCACCUUCACCGUGUCGUUCUUGCGCGAGGGCGUCUCGAAGUUCCGCGGCUGGCUCGACGACCUGCUGGCGUCGUGCUGGCGAGCCUGCCAGGGCACCGAUGUCAUCGUCGAGAGUCCCAGUGCGAUUGCCGGCAUCCACGUGGCCGAGGCACUGCAGGUGCCCUACUUCCGUGCCUUUACCAUGUGCUGGAGCCGCAGUCGCGCCUAUCCGCAUGCCUUUGCCGUGCCAAACAGCAAGGCGGGCGGCAACUACAACUACAUGUCGUACGUCAUCUUUGACCAGGUGUUCUGGCGCGCCUCGGCAGGCCAGAUCAAUGCAUGGCGCAAGAAAAUGCUCGGCCUGCGCUCCACGAGUCUCGAUCGUCUCGAGCCGCACCGCGUGCCCUUCCUGUACAACUUCUCGCCUCACGUCGUGCCGAAGCCGCUCGACUGGUACGACUGGAUCCAAGUGACGGGCUACUGGUUCCUCGACAAUCCCGACGGGCAGCAGGACAAGAAGUACGAGCCUCCCGUAGCGCUCGUGGCGUUCAUUGAGCGUGCGCGUGCCCAGAACCGCAAGAUCGUCUACAUCGGAUGGGGCUCCAUCGUGGUGCAAGACGCCGAAGCGACGACGCGCUGCGUGUACGAGGCGGUGCGCCGCAGCGGCGUCUGUGCCGUGCUCUCCAAGGGCUGGUCCGAUCGCCUCUCGGCGCGCAAGGAGGCGCCGAGCCUCGAGUCCGAGGACGUCUUCCGGGUCGACUCGGUGCCGCACGACUGGCUCUUCCCGCUGCUCGACGCUGCGUGCCACCAUGGCGGCGCGGGCACGGUGGGCGCCAGUCUGCGCGCCGGCCUGCCGACGAUCGUGAAGCCCUUCUUUGGCGACCAGUUCUUCUGGGGCGCACAGAUCGAGAGUCUCGGCGUCGGCAGCUGCGUGCGGCACCUCACCGCGGACGCACUAGCGCACGCCCUGACGCUUGCGACCGCACCUGGCUCCAAGCAAGCCGAGCGAGCACGCGCGCUGGGCGAGCAGAUCCGCCGCGAGGAUGGCGUGGCAAAUGCUAUCUCGGCGCUCUAUGGCAGCUUGGACUACGCAAGGAGCCUCAUCAAGCGAGACACGAGACUGCCGUCCGCCGCGCCCGUCAAGGGCGCUACGCCACUGCCUGCUCCCUCAAGCGUCGCGACUGCCGCUGCGGGCAAAGCUGCCUCAUCGGCGGUCGCUUCUGAGUCGCUGCAGCAUGCUCGUCUGGGCAGCAGCAGUGGCGACGCGGGCAGAGAAGGCCACCACAGCACCUCAAGCGCCAGUGCCUCCGACGCAGAAUGGUCCGUCGUCGGCGACGAGGAGCAGCCAAGUUUGGAGGGUAGUGCCUUGCUGUCUCCAUCUUAGAACGUUCCCCUCCCUCCUACAUCCCUCCAUCGCCGCAUUCCUUCUCCCCGUACUCAUCUCUUCCAGUCCGUCUGUACAUCAUCCCUACCCGUCACGUCGCACCCACUCUCUCAACAUGCUCUCGCCUCGCCCUCUUCAAAGUACCCUGCAGCCCUCACAAUACAUCUCCGCUUCCCCAGCCGCGCGAACGAAGG